AAGUUGGAACCGGGGUGAGCCAUUCCUCCUUCUGCGGCACUCACCCACCUUUGCGCCGUUAUUUUUCCAUAACGUUGCUCUUUUCUGCCAGUUUAGUCGCUAAAAAGUUUACUAAAGCGGACUUCCUGUGCGCAGGGAACCCAGAGCAGACUCCUCCCAGCGAGUUGUCCUGGGAAACACUAACAACUGCUGAGCUCCUGUUCGCCAACUGGGAGGAAAACUUUUCCGCCGAGCUUCUUGUGCUGCUACACCGGGACGCUUCGGUCCAGUUGGGAGCUUUGGAGGAGCCGUAAUGGGAGGAUUAUUAUGCGUUUAAAGGCUGCGCCCUUUCCACGCUGCCUGAGUGUCCAGGGACAUGAAACUCAAUCCCCAGCAAGCUCCUUUGUAUCAGGGUCGGUGUGUCGUCACAGUGCAGCUUUCUGAUGAAGAGCUGGCUGCAGAUGAUGAGGGCGUGGACUACUUUCUGCUGUUUGCCGGCACAACACAGAGGCAUCUAACCAGCACCCUGAGGAGCAGCCAUGACACCUUACAGGCAUUAUGUCCCGCUCAUGACUGCUGUGAGGUGGUGUUGGUCACCUUAUGUUCAGCCACCCAAACUACCAGUGGGAGCUCGGAGGAGCCAGCCUCCUGCCUGGCUUGUGUGGCUCCAGUGGCUGAGCAUCCAUUCAGCUUUGUCCAGGAUUUGGCUUUUGACAUGGCCCAGUUUUUGGUGAGCGCAGCAGGCCGAGCUGAUGGCCUUGAUGGGGCCCUGCUCCUGGACGAGUGUCAGAUUCCCCUGCAAGAGUGUGAGCGCCUGGAUGAGAGCCUGGCACUGGCCCUCCACCACCUCCAGUUGCCUCCAGGAUGGAGCCUACUGGGAAGCAAACCGGCCAACAGCUCUGGCCCGAGCCCUCAGGAGACUCUGCUGCAUUUCUCAGCACGCCGCGGACUCUCUCGGGUGACACGCUUUCUGCUGCGGCAACCAGGAGCCAGGGAAGCCCUUCAGCUGGUCAAUAAAGAGGGACACACCCCAGCUGCUCUAGCAACGCAGCGUGGACAUGAACAUCUCCAUGAACUCCUGUCCAAGACGGAGACGGACCCGGAGACGGACGAGGUGCCUGAGACUCUCCAGCUGGUGUCUGCAGACUGUCGAGUGUGCUGCAACUCCCCAGUGUUGAACACACACACUCUGACGGUGAGCAUCCGCCCCGGACGCCGCGCUCCGACCCUUCAGGAGAGCGUGGAGUAUCUUCUGCACCUAUUGAACCACCUCAAUGCAAAGGGACUUUCUGUGUUGGAGCUACAGUUGGACUCGCUGCACACAGCUGCUGAAUGUCGUGACGGCGAGACAACCGACUUACUCCUGCAGCCGUCCUUAACGUCAGAGUGCCAGCUUACAGAAACCAAAGAAAGUGAGGGGGAAAGCGUCAAAGAGGAGAGAAACAACACUGUUGUUUGUGAGCUUAGGGAGAGUUGUAACUUGGAGACGGAGGGCAGUUUCCCUCCACCGUCAGAAAUCCCUCCCCAGCAGCACGGCCUCGACCCCGAGGCGGACGGGGUGUGUCUCUGUCUGAACUCUGAGGGAGAGGGCUGCCAGACAGACCAGGAGGGGAGCCCUGAUUCCAGUUCCAGUUUGAAUUUGUGUGACAGGAGUGAAAGGGCACAGGGUGAGGCUGAAGGGGAAAACAGCGCUGUGGGAAACGUCCCAGCAGAAGGCUGCGGUAAACAGGCAGAGGAAGCUGACACAGAGGAGGCUGUGAUCCGGGAAGAACAGAAGGCCACGGAGGGAGAGGAGCAGCCUGAGCAGGAAGCAGGAGACAAAACAGCCACGAGGAGGGAGGAGGAGAGCGGAUCAGAGACAUCAGCAAGCGGAGACGCAGACUGCUCAGUCAUGGGCCAGUCUCCGCUGUCAGGGAGCUCCGAAGUUUUAAUCACCUGUGAAUCAGAAGCAAAGCAAAGAUCUCUGGAAGGAGAGAACACUGAGAACGAACACAGAGAAGUUACCCAGGAACCUUUCAACGGGCCCAAUCCAGAGGAAGAGGAUGAUGGGAGGGAAGAGUUAAAUGGCUCCGUAUCAACCCCGGGAGACCCUCCCAACCCACCGCUGAUAGUCUGCGGUGAUGUAAUAGAGCAGCAUGAAUCUGCUGCUCCACAGCUCCUGAUAGAAGGCCUCCAUGAAGGGGAACCUCCGCCAGACAUAAACAGCCGAGAACAAAACCAGGAAACAGCUGGUAGGGAUUAUAAAGCCGAGCAGGAGAUGGGCUCAGCUCCAGAAGCUGCUUGUCAUUCCGGGAAUCGUGCUGAAGCUGCGAGCGGCGAGGAGCCAGGCGGCGAAGACGCAGCUGAACCCCAAGAUAUAGCUUUGGAGAAACCUGAGAAUUUGGGUUUUUGCAUGGCUGACGGCUCCAGAGAGGAAUCACAGAUUGACCAUUUCUACUCGGAGGCUUCAUCGGAAAACAUGCUGACUAAAAAGAAGGCUGACCAUGACUCAGGCCUGGUACACCGCGUCUCAAGCGAUGAGGAAGGCAGUUUCAGAUCCUGCGGAAGCUCCUCGACAGAAAUAUUUCACCCUGCUCAGGACAACGGCACCAGAGAGGAGGGAGAUCUGCUUCCAAACGCCACUGUAGAAAUAUCCUCAACAGGAUGUAUGGAGGACCCAACUGAUCUGACAUCACUUUGUCACGAUGGCUCAUUAGGUGGCGACACCGAUCUCUCUUUGGAUUCUGUUAUUGUCGGUUCCCUGACGCCUCCAGAUGGUAGUAAAAACGGCACAGAGUCUGAAUCCAGUCCGUCAGCUGACAUCCACGCAGUGGAGGGUUUGACUCCUGAGUCCAGCGAGGAAGUGCUCCCAGAACUUCCUGAACAGGAUUCAGUUUCGGAUCCAGCUGUUUCAACGGCAGAGGAUUCUCCAACAGACAUCAGGGAGUCCUGCAGCUCUGAUUUGAAUGCUGAGGUCGACUAUGAAGCAUCAAAGAUGUCUGUGGGAGAGAAGGACGAAGCCAACGGUCCCGUUAAUGAUGAUCAACAGAUGGAUGUGGAUGAUAAAUCGGAUACAGUAGAGGAAAGUGGAAAUGUCCCGAAGCAAAUUGAACAGGAAGACUCGGAGACGACGGUCUCAGCAGGAUCAGCUGAGAAUACUUUAGCCGUCUCGUUAUCACAGGACCCUGAUCCACUGUCAGACACCGUGGAUGCUCACCUCGUGGAAUUAGAACCCCCUGCUGCUGUCGCUGAAGUGUCUCUGGAUCAGAUGGCUGACGGCCCAAACGCUGGCGACGCUGUGGAUGCAGCGCUGGAGAGCUGCGCCGCCGCACACCAAGAGGUGGACAUCGCCAAAUCUGAGGAGGCCGUCAGACACACAGAGGAGGAAGAAACUGGUCCAGCAGAGGGAGCGGACUCCUCCACAAUCCACAGAGACAGAGAGGCGUCCUUCCAUCAGACUUGCAAGCCUCAGCACUCAGAAUCCUCAACAUCUCCAGCCUUUCCCAGUUUGCCCAGCAGAACCAGCAGUUCCACCAGCUGCCCGUCAUCCACUCACAGAGAUUCUGGCAGUGACAUUGAAAGCCUCCUGAGUGCAGAGCCAGAGUAUGACACCAUCUUUAGAAAGGGCGAUGAACGGGUGACCGGAGGAGACAGCACCAGCGAGGUCUCAGUCUCCUGCUCCUCUACAGACGACACGGCGAGCGUCGGCCCGUCCAGUUCCAGUCCUGAAGGCAGCCAGGGCUUAGGCGGCAGCUGGAGCCCAGAGGAGGGCAUCCAGCCUGAAGCUACUACCACUGAAGGGCAGGAUACCUCUGGAGUAGGAGGAGGAGGAGGAGGGGUGGACGCUGAAGAGGAAGCAAAAGACAGAGUGAGCGAGGUACCGCGGCGUUCCUGGAACAGCAAACGCUCUCUGUCGCCCCUUCGCCGCCACAGCUGGGGUCCAGGAAAGAACAACGGAGGAGAAUCAGAGAUGAACCAGCGGAGUUCCAUCCGUAGCCCUGGUGAGGGGAAGCCGGCCUUUCACAGGAGAAGGUAUUGAUAAGAUGUUGGGAGUGAUCUGUUGUCCUCAUGCGGUGCGGUGUGGGCUGUGUGAAGCUGCUGCUUUUUAACAUCUGCUCGCUGCGCUGCUCCGGCUUUAUGCUGCAUCCCUGCAGGCGACUGUGCUCCAGGAGGUAGCUUGUCUUUUCACCCCUGCAUGGCAGAGCUUCGUCUCUUUUACUACAGAGGGAGUAAAGUGUAACUCGGAUGCAUUGCUGCAGA